GCCGCCACCCGUUCCCCAAAACAGCCUCCGAAAGCGCAAUACGAACACGUGUCCCCCACCCACGCUGGCCGAGGGUGGAUUCGACUGUGGCGAAAUUCUACUUCCGGAAACUGAAUCGGAGCAUCGCGCAAAUCAAGCAGAUACGCCAACGAGCCUGUUUCCUCAGCACAGACAAGUGAUGAGUGCAGGAGACUCCAACCCCGCCGCCACACCCACCCCGUGCGAGGACGCCCAAGGAGAUGGACGCUGGAUGUCGUUGCACAACCGCUUCGUGUCUGAUAGUAAAGACAAAGAGCCUGAUGUCCUAUUUGUUGGGGAUUCCCUUGUCCAGCUCAUGCAUCAGUUUGGUGUGUGGCGGGAGCUGUUUUCCCCUCUUCACGCCCUCAACUUUGGGAUUGGUGGUGACGCAACACAACAUGUACUAUGGAGACUGAGUAAUGGGGAGCUAGAUAACAUCAGCCCGAAGGUUGUAGUGCUGUGGGUAGGCACUAAUAAUCAUGGUCACACUGCAGAACAGAUCUGUGAAGGAAUCCUGGCCAUUGUCCAAGUCAUCAAGAACAAGCUGCCCCAUGCCAACACCCUUGUUCUGGGACUGCUGCCCAGGGGGAAGCUGCCCAACCGCCUGCGGGAGCGGAAUGCCCAGGUCAACCAGCUGGUUGAGGAGGCAUUGUCGUCUCUUCCCCAUGCCUCUUUCCUCAACGUGGAUUCGGGCUUUGUCCACUCUGACGGUAGCAUCUCCCACCAAGACAUGUACGAUUACCUCCACCUGACUCCUCAGGCCUACCAGGAUGUGUGCCAACCCAUACAUGCCCAUCUUAAGUCUCUGCUAGAGAAGCCAGCUGGGAACUGAGGGACAGCCAACCACCCACAGACUGAGCGGCUCACAGACUAACACUAUUGCAGUGGUCUCUGUCCCUGUUUCUGGAGAGCCUUACACUGUUAAUACAUUAUCAAGACCUUAAAUGAUGGCUAAAAUCAGCUGGUAAGAAUUUUUUAAGAAAUGUUUGUGCAAGUCCUCUCCAUGGCCAGGGUUUAUGACCACUGCAGCUAUUAAUGGGACCAUAACAUCUUUUGUGUUUAUGCUGCAACUGCAAGUUAAAUGUGCUGCACUGUAUGCCAGAGUACAUAGGUCUGGUUAAAGAAACUGGUCACAAUUUACAAUAAGGGUACAUUAAUAAACAUUAGUUAAUGCAGUAAUAAGCAUUAACGACAGUUAAUUAACAGUUAACUAAUGUGUCUAGUAAUUUACUAUUGGUGUUCAUUUACCGAUAGUACCUGUAAACACUUAAUAAAUCAUAAUAAGAGACAUUUGUUAACAGUUACUUAACACUUAUUAUUGUAUUGAUUAACUGUUGGAAUGCUUCUUACUUCAUUAGCUAAUGUUCAUUAAUCCCUUAUUGUAAAGUGUUACCAAGAAACUAUGACAACUGCCCUCACUUAUAUAUAAGUAGGGAAAUUGAUAUAUCCAACUGUUCGCUUUCCUAUUCUCAAUACAUUUAUUUGACAUCUUUUAUUUGCCCUGAUCUGGCCUCAUUUUGUGGAUGUGCACUCAAAUGACCAAAAAGUUUGAUAUUGUUUGCCCUAAAACAGUUGACGAGACGACAAAAUGCACCUUUCUUCUGUACUUCCAAAUUGUUACAUUGCAUUAUGUUAUUUUGUCACUGUCCUCCUAUCUCGUAUUUUCUAUUACAGUUUGUGACUCAUGUUUAGGUUAGGGAUCUUGAUUUGAAUUCUUUUGUUUCACUGCCGCGGUAAUAAAUGUAUUGGAGUAGACUUGUUAAGCUGUUGUAUGUGUAUGGGUGCAUAUAUAUGUAUGUAUAUAUAUAUAUAUGCUUGUGCUUAAGUCUAUAAGACCUAAUGGCCUAUUAGGCACCUUUAAAAGGCUUCACUUCAUUGUAAAACUGCUUGUAAAUCUCUUGGGAUGAGGAUUAUGUCGCUGAACUUUUAAUUUUGCUUCAGGGACGGCUGAUUCUGUCAUGUCAUAAUGCAUUAAACAUGGAAGCAAGAUGA